UCCUUUUAGGAUAUAUUUAGUUUAGUUAACUGCCUAAUAAUUGCUAGGAUUUUCGCUUAUGGUAGGCCUAUAUUCUACAGAAGUCUUUAGAAUUCAUUAGAAUGAAAUGAGGAAAUUGAGGCGUGUGAAUUCGAAUAAACUGUGAAGAAAUAUGCCUCUGUGUCAUAUCCUGCCAGGAAAACUGAGUUACGCCAACGAUCGAUACAAGUCUGAUUACUUUUAGCCUUGCGGUUAUGUCUUAUAAUUUAGGUUAAAGGUAGAUCGCUGUUUUUUGUUUUGUUUUUUACCUAAGAAUAAGUCUUAUCUAUUUGUUAUUUCGGUUUCUUAAAUUUCGUGGAUUUUUAUUUGAAAAGUCAUGAUGUUGGCUUUUUGUAGUUCACUGACAGUCCUGAUGGUUUUGGUCACAGAAGUUUCCACGUUGGUUCCACCUCCAGAAAAUGUGACAGUGAGCUGCAACAACUUUCAGACAACUGUUUAUUGGAACUACAGUGAACUGCUUCAUCAACCUCGCUUCAAAUUGAACAUAAGUGGUGAUAUGGGAUGGCAGGAGACUUUCACUAAACAGCAUCAUUAUGACCUCUCCCCCUUGAUAUGGAACGCAAACGAAUUGGAUCGCUACUUUGUGAUGAUAACGGCCAUUGAUGAAACGGAGGAAUCAGCAUCUCAGAAGUCCUCGAUAUUCACAUUUAAUAGUCUCCUGACAGCUGACAUCUGCAAAUUGGAUUUCCCUGCCGUAGAUGUGUCAAUGAAGGAUAUGGAGGUCACAGUGAGCUUCGACAACCCUUACCACCUGUACACAGAACUGAGAGAGUCUCGCAUGGGAGGAGAUGACAAAACCUUCUCUUACCAAGUAACCUAUGAAAAUACUAAUCACCAAUUUAAUUGCAAGAUAGAAGACAAAGUCUGUCGUUAUACCUUCACAAUCCUGGAGAACAAGGAGCAGUACUGUGUUAGUCUGGAAGGGGAUGCAAUGGGCCACAGAGUUAUGUUCAACAGAACAGGACCCAUCUGUGGCCAUGAAGACAAAACAAUUUCACUGGAAUCAUCUUUGCUCAUGCUUUUGCCAUUGAUCAUCAUUGGCAUUGUGGCCUUUGUAGUCUUUGUGACAAUAAGGCUCUGCAAGAGAAGCAUGCGGAAAAUAACCUUGUCCAAUUUUCCAAAGACUUUGGCUUCAGUCCUAUCAAACCCACAUGCCAACAAUAUAAUGUACCUGCAAUGCGAGAUCAUAGCGCACAUCAGUGGCAUAGAACCAGCUACCACCACAUCCCAGAGCCUGUUGGAGACUUCAGAAGAGGAGGAGGAACCGGUUGAGAGUCCGACCACUAGUGUUGGAUCUUCGGCUUACCCUCAAUACCCCAUUAGUUCUGGGCAGGUGGGGGAGGUGCUGUGUGGAGAUGACUCUGUGGGAACAGACUCAAGGACAUUUGAGGUGGAGGACAUGGAUUUAACAAACUCUGGCUAUGACAAACCACACGUCCUUGUACAAGAGGUGGAGGUGGAGAUGAGUGCAGGAGAUGUAGUGGUAGGCUAUGGCCUGAGCACCUCUGACCUCAGGCUGUAAAACACACCUUUCACUGGAUGGAUUAAGAACAAUGACUUUUUACUUCACAGAACGGGUUUACCUAGGUACACUGAUACAUUGUCGUGCCUCACUGGUUUUCAAUCAUGUCUUCAGUGAUGAAGUUAACAGGAGUAUGCAUCAAAUCGGUCACCUACACAUACUUAGCAGAUGUUAUCGUGGGUGUAGCCAAAUGCUUAUGAAUCAUGGAAUGCUCCCGAGUGGCGCAGUGGUCUAAGGCACUGCAUCGCAGUGCUAGCUGUGCCACUAGAGAUCCUGGUUC